UAUCACUCAAAAUCUCUCAGGUAUCAUUCAUUCCUUCACAACUUCUCGCCAUGGCAAAGGCCACCCACACCCUAAGAAGAUCAGCCCAUGCCUUCUUCCGAAGCUACCAGGCCUUCACGACUAUGUCCGCCCUCGUCCUCCCUUUCUCUGUCGUCGUCCUCCUCUCUCAGUCCUUCAUUCCCUCUUCUCCGCUCCUUCGAACAAUCUCCGUUCGCAUUCAUUCUCUCUUCGAAGCCGCAGGCUUCCCUGCGGCCUCCCAGUUCUUCUCCCUCCUCAACCACAAGCUCUCCCAAUCCACCUUCUCCUUCCUCUUUUGCCUCCCAAUCACUCUCACCUUCUUUCUAUUUGCAAAAGCAUCAAUCAUACAAACAAUGCUCGAGUACCCAAACCGAAGAAUCGGAAUACCAUCAUUCAACUCUCUCGUUCGUCUUUAUCGCUUAAUCCUGCCUACCCAUAUCUUCAACUCAUUCGUUAUCGUCUCUGCCAAUGCUGCAGUCUUCUCCCUCCUGUUUAUGGCCUUCAACGCCCUUGACAUUUUCCGACUGUCCUCAGAUAGUUACAUCCUCGGCCUCUCUGCUGCUAGCGCAGUUAUCUACUCAAUAGUGCUGGCCAAUACAACAGUAGCAUGUAGCCUAGCAACAGUCGUAUCAGCAACAGAGAACUGCAGAGGGUACUUACCCAUCCUCAAAGCCUGCGUGCUUAUCCAAGGAAAGGAAGCGACUGCGAUCACUGUGGCUCUGCCUGCAAGUUUGGGGAUGGCAGCAAUAGAAGCAUUAUUUCAGUACAGGAUCGCGAGACCUUACCUUAAUUUGGGAAGAUUUAGCAUGCCAGCUUUUGGCGAGGCUUUCUUGAUUGCUUAUCUGUACUCGCUCCUGAUCGUGCUUGACACCAUCAUCAGCUGCAUUUUGUAUCAAAGCCUCAAGAAUGGGGAUCGCUGGACCUUGGAAGAUGGAGAUGAUCUGAGUUUAGGACUGAAAAAGGAGCAGAAGGGUUAUCUGGAAGUAUGAAAACAAAGAUUUAAGUGCUCUAUAAAGUGAACAUAUCACAGACAAGUAUUUUAAGUGCUCUAUAAAGUGAGUACCAAAUGAAAACAAAGAUAUAUACAGCUAUCUGAAAGAUAGUAAACAAGAUUUUGAUGUUCGAAGCCCAAAGCAGGCUCACAUUUCCUUACGCUGCUAUUUGCUUCCAUGCAUAAUAGCUUUAAAUUGUCAUUAUUAUCUCUUUGAAUACACCAGUAAUGUCAUAAUUUGUUAAUGCAACUUCUGUCGCACCAAAAAUACAAGUGUUUAUGCAACUGCCA